GAACCAAAGCUGAGAGAGAGAGAGAGAGGCAUUUUUGAUGGUCGGGUACGCGGGGCGGCGGGGCGCUCAUACUUUCCUCACUUUUCAAAAAAGCAGCGGAGAAUCCGAGUCUCUGUCGCUCCCCCACAUAUUCUGGCAACCUUCCGCCAUCUCUCUCUCUUUGACAGAUACCAUUCAAACAAACACAGAAGCAAAAGAAAGGGGUUUCGCUAGAACCGCAGCUCUUCUUCAAUCUGUAUCUCUUUUCUUCAGUAGGUUGUGACCAUGACGAGGGUAAUCCGUGAUUUUGGCAAUACCAUGCAACAAGAUGCGGCUUGGCCUGUUUCAGCUGAUGUAGUUUUCCAUUCGAGCCGUUUUCCAAAUUACAAAAUUGGGGUUAAUAAUCAGACAUCCGAGUUGACAGAGGACCCUAAAGUAGUCUCAAUGAAGGAGAUGGUUGCUCGAGAGACCACUCAGUUGCUUGAUCAUGAAAAACGACUCUCAGUUCGCGAUCUAGCCAGCAAGUUUGAGAAGGGUCUGGCUGCUGCUGCGAAAUUGUCUGACGAGGCCAGACUUAAAGGAGCAGCUUCACUUGAGAAACAUGUGCUUUUAAAGAAGCUCAGAGAUGCACUUGAAGCUUUGGGAGGGCGUGUGGCUGGUAGAAACAAGGAUGAUGUUGAGGAAGCUAUUUCAAUGGUUGAAGCUUUGGCGGUCCAAUUAACUGAGAGAGAAGGAGAAUUGAUCCAAGAAAAGGCUGAAGUUAAAAAGCUUACAAGUUUUCUUAAGCAGGCUUCAGAAGAUGCAAAGAAACUUUUAGAUGAAGAAAGAGCUUUUGCUAGGGCUGAAAUUGAAAACGCAAGAGCUGCUGUUCAGAGGGUUGAAGAAGCUCUUCAAGAGUUCGAAGAAAUGGCUCGAGCAUCGGGAAAGCAGGAUUUGGAUGAAUUGAUGAAGGAAGUUCAAGAAGCUAGGCGUAUCAAAAUGCUGCAUCAGCCAAGCAAGGUGAUGGAUAUGGAGCACGAGCUUCGAGCAUUGAGAGCUCAGUUCGAAGAGAAGUCGAAGUACUCAAUAAAGCUUCAGAAGGAGUUGGCACUGAGAAAGAGUGGUGAUGGCACCACACAAAAUUCGUAUGAAAUAGAUGGCACUGAAGCAUUGGGUUCUUUUUUAAAAAUUCUGCCAUGUUCAAGUGAUGCCCUAGAUAUUUCAAAAUUUUCAAUUCAGUGGCAUCGUUUAGCAUGCGAAGGUGGAAAAAAAGAACCCAUUUCAGGUAUCUGAGCUUAAGUAUUCUCAUCCACUUGAAAAAAUCAUGUCCUGCUUAAGUGCUUAUGUAUCUUCUUGCGGAUCUAGGUUCACCAGUUGCCUUUCUCAUUUAUUCUCGUGUAUUUUCUUUAUUAAACAUGAAAAUGGCCUGAGUUGAUCUACCUGAUAUUUUUUUUAUAGACAUAUGAAAUAUGACCAUAAAUCAAAAUUUCACCAUUUUUGGCUUUGGGGUGUGAUGGAAUAAAUCAAAAUGGAUCUCUAAACUAUCUGCGCUUCUUUAAUUAAUGAAGUAGCAGUUAGUCAAACACUGCAACUUUCGAUGUUGAGCCGGGGGUCUCUUUGGAAACAGCCUCUCUACUUUCGAGUAGGGGCAAGGUCUGCGUACACACACCCUCCCCAGACCCUACUCUUGUGGGAU